UCUCGGGAGCUGUCUGAACGCAGGCUGAGUGAGGAGGAACAAACAACGUGAAGAUUUAAAACGUGCAUUCAGCAGACGCUGUUUCUGCAGGUUUUCGCAAGAAGGAAGGCCUUUUACUUUUGUUUCAGAAAAGUUCCUCGACGAGAGGAAACGCUUUAUCUGGCUUCCUUUUUCGUAACUUGGUUAAAGUUGAAGGCAGGCUGCACGGCUCGGAGUAACGUUACCCACCUCGGAGCAGAAAGUCAAGUCGGUGGUCGGCAGUUGGUUCUGCAGGAAUGUCGCAGAAAGAAAGACCCACGUUUUAUCGACAGGACGUCAACAAGACAAUAUGGGAAGUCCCGGAAAGAUAUCAAAACUUGUCCCCAGUUGGCUCUGGUGCCUAUGGAUCUGUGUGUUCUGCGUUUGAUAUGAAGACUGGUUUGAAGGUAGCGGUGAAGAAGCUAUCCAGGCCAUUUCAGUCCAUCAUCCAUGCAAAGAGAACUUACAGAGAGCUGCGGUUACUGAAGCACAUGAAACAUGAAAAUGUGAUUGGUCUUCUAGAUGUCUUCACUCCUGCUUUAUGCCUGAAGGAAUUCACUGAUGUGUAUCUUGUGACUCAUUUAAUGGGUGCAGAUCUCAACAACAUAGUCAAAUGUCAGAAACUCACAGACGACCACGUGCAGUUCCUAAUAUAUCAGAUCCUCAGAGGGUUAAAGUAUAUCCACUCAGCAGACAUCAUACACAGAGAUUUGAAACCCAGUAAUCUUGCGGUGAAUGAAGACUGUGAGCUGAAGAUUUUGGACUUUGGUCUGGCGCGGCACACUGAUGACGAGAUGACCGGCUAUGUGGCCACGCGCUGGUAUCGUGCCCCAGAGAUCAUGUUGAACUGGAUGCAUUACAACAUGACGGUGGAUAUUUGGUCAGUGGGCUGUAUAAUGGCCGAACUUCUCACUGGAAGAACCCUGUUUCCUGGCACUGACCAUAUAAACCAGCUUCAGCAGAUAAUGCGUCUGACAGGAACUCCUCCAGCGUCUCUAAUAAGCAGGAUGCCCAGCCAUGAGGCGAGGAACUUCAUCAGCUCCCUUUCUCACAUGCCAAAGAGGAACUUUGCUGAUGUGUUCAUUGGAGCCAACCCGCUAGCUGUGGACCUCCUGGAGAAAAUGUUGGUUUUGGACACAGACAAGCGAAUAACAGCAGCAGAAGCUCUAGCUCACCCCUACUUUGCUCAGUACCAUGACCCAGACGACGAGCCUGAAGCUGAGCCGUAUGACCAGAGCUUUGAAAGCCGCGAGCUGGAAAUUGAAGAGUGGAAACGAUUAACCUACGAGGAGGUGUGUAGCUUUGAGCCGCCUAUUUUUGAUGAAGAAGACAUGGAGUGACGACCACAUUGAUCCCAGCAUCCGACAAUUUCAAACAGCCUUGAACAUGUGCAUUAGUGUAAAACUCUCACACACACUUGUAUCAGAGUGCCAACCUGCCGUAGUCAGCCCUUAUUAACCAGGAAGUUAUCGUCCAUGAUUAGCUGUCAUUUGAGGAUUGAUACCAGCAUUGACUGAGCAAGAGCUCAACCAGUUAUCAUUAUUCUUAUUUAUGAACCACUAAUGUUGAUGGUCCUCUGCUGGGAAAUAUCACCUUUUGCCAAUAGCUGAAAUAUUUUUUUAUUCUUCUGAUUUUAAAAUUAGACUUUGAUGACUCUUCACUGUGACAAUGAGAUGCUGAAACUCCUGGACCUUUAGCUGUGUUAAAUUUUCUAUUAAGUAACUUAUGAAUAAGCUUUUUGUUGUCUAUUUUUAAGAUUAUGCUAGUGCACCACUCACCCUGCCAAGCUGUCACACAGUACUGGGUCACUGCUCCUGUAUUAAAAAAGAGAUGACUUUGAAGGGAUUUAUAUUAGAAACAGAAGUAGAUUUAAUGUUUUAGAUAUUUGACUAAUGGAACGUGCCUGUUUUGUGUUGUCACUGAUCCUUAUAGCUCACCAGCUGAGUUUCACACUUUUUUAUGUUUAUUUUGAUCAUUCAGACGCUUUGUAAAACUCUGCCUCUGCUGUGUUAAGACAGUGAGAUUCAUCAAGGCACCCAAGAAGUAAAAGAGUAUUAACAAUAGAAACAAUAUUAAUGGGCACAGGCUCUGCUCAAAAACAUGUACAUAUCUGGGCCAUUUUUAAACCUCUGAAUUAUUGUGGUUAUGUUAUAAAGCAAUCACUUUGAGUGUUGUCCAUCAGGUUAAGACUUUGUGUGCAUUUGCGAGAGUGUGUUGUCAGUUUACAGGAAUUUUAAGUGUCAUGCUAUAUUCUUUAACUGAAAUACUGCAUAUAUGUGUAAAAGAGGGCUUUCAGAUGUAUUUAUACUUUGUGGAGGUGGUAUUUAUAGACAACAAUCAACACAUCCCUUAAACUAUUUUCAGUCCAGCAGACUAACUACUAUCUUCAGUCCUUUGUUUAACAAAAUAAAGAAUUAUUUUAAGACACA